CGUCAUCAUUGGUCGAAGGACCCCGAAGGACCCCGAGAACAUACGGCAACCCGAGAACAUCCGGUACCCACACUGGCUCUGCUGCCAGAAACUGCUGCCAAACUAUAACAACCCGCAGCAAUUUAGGGUUCAGUGUCCCAAACACAUCGAGCAGCAAAGGAGGGGCUACAGGAAGCAUUUCAAGGUCCUGAACUCUUGUUAUUGACCAAAUAUUUAUUAUUCAUCACAAUUUGUAAAUGAAUUAUUUAAAAAUCAGACUGUGAAUUUCUGGAUUUCAUUUCUCAUAGUAGAGAUGAAUCCGUGUGGAAAGUUUCAGGCCUGAUGUCUGACUGUAUUUUAUUUGUCCCACUGUAAAUGAGAUUCAAAUCAGAUUCAGUGACCUCAUUUUUGCAGGUGUUAGGUGGAAAAAAACACACGUUAUGGAAGUUCGACCUCUUUUUAUGGAGCUUGGAUGCAGAUCAAUAAAUCAUCACAUCAUCAGCAUAUAAUGAUCUUUUAGAAAGUUUUCCUGGAAAAAAAAACAGGCUUGUGUGAACAACCCUCACUAAAGAGUGAGCAGGCAUUGAAAGCACAGUUUUUGGUUGAUAAAAUAGUUAAAAAACUGGAAAAAAUUGUAUAUCUAUCUAUUUUUUUGUCUGUGUAUAUGUCAACAGUAUAAAAAGCUGCUUGUUAAUAACCUGUAACGUUUAGGACGCCGUCAACCCCCCUCCGUUUGUCUGUGGGGUUACAGAUACGAAAGAGAAAAAAAACACACAUCAGCAAGUCGCCAGCCAAUGGUGGAUGUUGAAGGGUGAGAAAAAAACAAGUGAUUUCUGUCUAAAGUUUGUGUAAGCAGGAAGUUUGUGGUCUUCUUUUCGUCAGAGGAGAGGAUGACCCCCCAGCAGCCUGCCAAAGCCCCAGUUCACCAUGGAGAUAGCAGCACUGUGCUCUGUUUUGACUUCUCUGAGGGUCCUUCCCAGCAGGAGCCAGUUCUUCCAGUACGAGUCUGUCACUCUGAGCUGUGAGCUUCAUGGAGACCCAUCUGGGUGGAGAAUCAGGAGAAAGACCGACCUGGUAAACCUAACCGAAGACUGUCCCUCCCCCUCGAGCAGAAAUGAAUCCGUCUGCUUCAUCAGCACGCUGUACUACAUGGACAGUGGAGUCUACUGGUGUGAGUCUGCAGAAGGACAGUGCAGCAGGGAGGUCAACAUCACUGUGACAGCUCUGGAUGUAAUUCUGGAGGCUCCUAUUCUUCCAGUGGAGGAAGGAGAAGCUGUGACUCUUUGCUGCAGGAACAGGAAGUCCCCCGGUUUCUCGUUCUUCUACAAAAACGGGCAUCUCGUCGGGAACAGCUCAACAGGAAACUGGACCAUUGAAAGAGUUUCUAAGUCGGAUGAGGGCUUUUACAAAUGCAGCAAUUCUGGGAGAGAAUUCUCUCCAGACAGCUGGCUGAAUGUCAGAGGCGUGUUGUUGUCUGGAGAAACGCCUGCCUGGUCCCUCAUGCCUGUAGGGCUUCCUGUGGUGGGUGUCUGCCUCCUGUUCGCGCUGCUGCUGCUCUGCCUCAGGAGGAACCUCAAAGGGAAAGCCGACAGACGCGUCUCCUACAUCGAUGUGACGAUCAUACAGGAUGUGAAGCCACAAAGGAUGCGAGUCGUGGAAGACACCUCCACCUUCUACUCCAUGCUCAACCUGGCAGGAAGCUCCCAGCAACUGGACCAUUGCUGAAACCAAAGGAGAGAGAUGAGCAGGAAUAAAAGGAGGAGAUGUUCCAGAUCCAGGCCUGCUCCUUCCUGGUCCUGGAGAUCUACCACCCUGUCUGUUUUCCAGCUCUCUCUGCUAGCUGCUGAUCACCUGGACCAGGUGGAUCAGGUUUAACUAGUCAUCAGCUCGCAGGGCUUGGAGAUCUGGAAGACAGGUAGAUCUUGAGGACCAGGAACGAGCAGCCCUGGUCUAGACCAUCUUCUCUUCUUCAUUCAUCCAAGCAGACCUGGAUGGCAGGUUACCUGGACAGGUGUCUUCUUUUGUCUGACAACUGAACUGAAUUAUCUAGAGUUCAUUCAGGCUGAUUUACGUCAUGUUUGUUCACUUAAAUGUUACAUAUGAAUGUCAAUAAAUUAUCUCUAUUAUUAGGCUUCAUUUUUUCUAUUGUUUCUAUUGUCUUUGUUAUUCUAAUCUAAAAACAGUUUUUAGCGUCACACACAUUGUGUUAUUGUUGUCAUCCAAUCAUCCUUUCUUGUGACCAUGUCAUCAUUUCUUUGUCCUGUGACCUUUAGACAUGUUAUUAAGGUUACUAUGUUAUGGCUGUGUUUGGUUUUAUCUUGUCCUGUUGCUUUAUGACCGAGUUAUCUGAAGUUAUAUAAGGCAGACGUCAACAGAAUAAAUACUACAACUCAUAUUUACUCAA